ACGUACAUCGGCUCCAUCCUGGCGGCGGUGAACCCUUACCAGACGCUCCCCGGGCUGUACGACCGGCCGGCCGUGGAGCUGUACAGCCGACAUCACCUCGGUGAAAUCUCCCCGCACAUCUUCGCUGUCGCCAACGAGUGCUACCGCUCACUGUGGAAGAGGCUUCAGAACCAGUGUGUCCUCAUCAGUGGAGAAAGCGGAGCGGGGAAAACAGAAAGCACCAAGCUGAUCCUGAAGUUCCUGUCGGCGAUGAGCCAGCACUCCCUGGAGGUGACGUCCAGAGACAGGACGUCACACGUGGAGGAGGCGCUGCUGGAGAGCAGUCCCAUCAUGGAGGCCUUUGGAAACGCCACGACCGUCUACAACAACAACUCCAGCCGCUUCGGGAAGUUUGUCCAGCUGCAUUUCAGCCAGAAGGGCAACAUCCAGGGCGGCAGGAUCGUCGACUACCUCUUAGAAAAGAACCGCGUGGUCCGGCAGAACCCAGGGGAGAGAAACUACCACAUCUUCUACGCUCUGUUAGCAGGAACCAACAACCAGCAGCGAGAGGCGUUCACGUUGACCCACCCCGACAGCUACCACUACCUGAGGCAGUCGAGCUGCGUCACCGACAAGACAAUCAACGACAAAGGCACUUUUCAGGAUGUUCUGAAUGCCAUGCGAACGAUGCAGUUCACGGAGGAGAACAUCGGGGAGAUCCUGCGCCUCCUGGCCGGGAUCCUUCAUGCGGGGAACAUCGAGUUCAUGACGGCCGGCGGAGCACAGGUCUCCUCCAAAUCAGCUCUCAGCCGCACAUCCGACCUCCUGGGGCUGAACUCAGACCAGCUGGCCGAGGUUUUGACCCACAGGUCCAUGAUCCUCAGGGGGGAGCAGAUCUCCACACCGCUCACCGUGGAACAGGCGGUGGACUCCAGAGACUCCAUGGCCAUGGCACUUUAUUCUCAGUGUUUCAACUGGAUCAUCCGGAAACUCAACAGCCGCAUCAGAGGCAAAGAAGACUUCAAGUCCAUCAGCAUCCUGGACAUCUUCGGGUUUGAGAACUUCGAGGUCAACCGCUUCGAGCAGUUCAACAUCAACUAUGCAAAUGAGAAGCUUCAGGAAUAUUUUAACAAGCACAUUUUCUCUCUGGAGCAACUCGAGUACAACAAGGAGGGCCUGGUGUGGGUCGACAUCAACUGGAUGGACAACGGAGAGUGUCUGGACCUGAUCGAGAAGAAACUGGGUCUCCUGGCACUGAUGAAUGAGGAGAGUCACUUCCCCAAAGCCACAGACGACACCUUACUGGAGAAACUCCACAGCCAGCACUCGAAAAACUCUUUCUACGUGAAGCCCCGUGUUGCCGUGCACUUCUUCGGAGUCAAGCACUAUGCAGGAGAGGUGGUGUACGACGUGAGGGGGAUGUUGGAGAAGAACAGAGACACUUUCAGAGACGACAUCCUCAACCUGCUGAGGGAGAGCAGGUUGGACUUUGUCUACGAUCUGUUCGAACACGUAUUGAGCCGAAACAAACAGGACACUCUGAAGAGCAGCUCCAAGCACCGACGGCCCACAGUCAGCUCCCAGUUCAAGAAUUCUUUGCACUCCCUGAUGGCCACGCUCUGCACCUCCAACCCGUACUUUAUACGAUGCAUCAAACCAAAUACACGCAAGAUGCCGGACCACUUCGACCAGACGGUGGUUCUGAACCAGCUCAGAUAUUCGGGCAUGUUGGAGACGGUCAAGAUUCGACGCACAGGCUUCCCCAUCCGGAGACCUUUCCAAGACUUCUGCUGCAGGUACAAGGUGCUAAUGCGGGAGGCGUUGAUGCCGGAUGAUCCCAGGGGGCGCUGCAUCCAGCUGCUGAGCCACUACGACAGCAGCAGCGUGGAGUGGCAGCUGGGAAAGACCAAGGUGAGGGACAGAUGUAUUAACGUCCACAUUCACAGGAAGCUGAGGGAUCCACUUACUUCCUGGUACCUGAGACCUGAUCCAGAGCCUCAUUAUAUUCAGUCUAACUGGGCCUGGUGA